GUCAAUUCAGCACUGAUGAACUGGUGGCCGAAGUAGAAAAGCGGAAUCGACUUAAGCUUCUCCUGCCCUGGCUCGAAUCUCGCAUUCACGAGGGUUCCGUCGAGCCCGCGACCCACAAUGCUCUUGCUAAAAUCUACAUUGACGCAAACAACAGCCCUGAACGUUUUUUACGAGAAAAUCAGUACUAUGAUAGCUAUGUGGUGGGUAAAUACUGCGAGAAACGUGAUCCCAGCCUUGCUUGUGUGGCCUAUGAGCGAGGUCUUUGCGACAAAGAACUAGUCGCUGUCUGCAACGAGAACUCUCUCUUUAAGACUGAGGCUCGCUAUCUCGUGCGUAGGAAAGAUCCCGAGCUGUGGGCCGAAUGUCUGAAUGAAAACAACACCUUCCGUCGCCAGUUGAUCGAUCAGGUGGUGCAGACCGCUCUGUCAGAGACCCAAGAUCCUGACGAGAUCUCCGUGGCUGUUAAAGCUUUCAUGGCUGCUGAUAUGCCGAAUGAGUUGAUUGAGCUGUUAGAGAAGAUCGUUCUGGACAACUCGGUGUUCUCCGAUCAUCGGAACCUUCAAAAUUUACUCAUUUUGACGGCUAUCAAGGCAGAUCAUAGUCGGGUGAUGGAGUACAUUGCCAAGUUGGACAACUACGAUGCUCCUGAUGUGGCUAAUAUCGCUAUCACUCAUGGACUGUAUGAGGAAGCCUUCGCAAUUUUCAAAAAGUUUGAAGUCAACAAUUUGGCUAUGAAGGUACUGAUUGACAACAUCCAGAACCUGGACCGUGCCUACGAAUAUGCAGAGCGUUGCAAUGAACCCGUCGUCUGGAGCCUGUUGGCUAAGGCGCAGCUGACCGAGGGUGUGAUCAAGGAGGCCAUUGACUCCUAUAUCAAAGCUGGCGAUCCCACCAACUAUGAUGAGGUGAUUCGUGCCGCUUCGGCCGCUAAUAACUAUGAGGAUCUCGUCCGUUACCUCCAAAUGGCUCGCAAGAAGGCUCGUGAGACUACCAUCGAUUCAGAAUUGGCUUUCGCUUUUGCUAAAACUGGACGUCUCUCCGAUUUGGAGGAGUUUAUUGCUGGGUCAAAUCACGCCAAUAUCACUUCUGUGGCAGACAGGUGUUUCGACGAGCACAUGUACGAUGCAGCGAAGCUGUUGUACAACAACGUCAGCAACUACUCACGUCUGGCCAUUACUCUAGUGCAUUUGGGUGAGUAUCAGGGUGCUGUAGAGGCCGCUCGAAAGGCCAAUUCGACACGCACAUGGAAAGAGGUUUGCUUCGCCUGCGUGGAUCACAACGAGUUUCGUUUGGCGCAGAUGUGUGGCCUGCAUAUUGUGGUUCACGCCGAUGAGUUGGAGGAACUUAUUAACUACUACCAACAACGUGGACACUUUCAACAACUCAUUAGUCUCCUUGAAGCUGCUCUGGGGCUGGAGCGCGCUCAUAUGGGAAUGUUCACUGAAUUGGCAAUUCUCUAUUCCAAGUUCAAGCAGGAGAAGCUGCGUGAGCACUUGGAACUUUUUUGGUCUCGAGUCAACAUUCCCAAGGUUUGUUAA